UCUCAGCACAACCAAAUAAUUAUCCCUAUGUGUAGUGUUUGCAAUUCGUGACUGAUAUAGUUGUGGGUUUUCGAAAUUUGAGGGUUUUCGUUGUGCAAAAUUGGACCGGAACUAUCUUGUAGUGCAGACGGGAUUGUGAAGAUCGUGAGUGAUGAUACGUAAAACGAUCCUGUUGUGUGCCCUCGUAGGCAGUGCUCUACCAGCCCGAUUAGAUAACUUAUAUGGAGCGCCGGCGCCAGCGGGUGCUAGUCUUGGCGGUGGAGGGGACGGAAACUUUCUGAAUACACCACGCCAGGAUGGUCAAUACGAUAGGGCUCCGUCAAAUCAGUAUCUCCCUCCCACCGGUCAGGAUAGCAAUCAGGCGGGUUAUCCUUCGGUGGCUCCAAUAGGCGGUGGUGGUCAGACACAAAGUCAGUUUGGAUACAACCCUCAACAGCAACCGCAGCAGCAGCCUCAUCGUGGUUCCCAGUCUCAGCAGCCGUUCGGAGGUUUCGGUGGUGGCCAAACCAGACCAGGUGCAUACCAAGGAGGAUAUCAAGGACCACAAACCACACCGAUUCCAAUUCUACGAUACGAAAACGUCAACAAUGGCGAUGGAAGCUAUCGUUUCAACUACGCAACCGGUAAUGGAAUCCAACACCAGGAAGAAGGCUACAACCGUAAGAUUGGCCCCGAGCUGGGUGAACAGAUUGUUAACGGUGGCUACUCGUACCCUGGUCCCGAUGGUAAACUGUACAGCAUACAGUACAAAGCUGAUGCGGGCGGAUUUCAACCUGUAGGAGAUCAUCUACCAACACCACCACCGCUACCGCGGGAGCUACAGGAAGCAUACGACCUGCAUGCAAAACUGUACGCCGAAGCUGCGGCCCGUCCGAAAAAUCCUGCUUAUCAGGGACCUCAAGGCUACGACCAGCAACAACCCGGUCAGCAGUAUGGUGCUCCUCAGCCACAGUAUCAAAGCCCAAGCUCGCAGUAUGGAGCUCCACAGCAACAACAACCACAGCCGCAGUAUCAGGCCCCUCAGCAGCCGCAAACCUCCCAAAACACUGCCAGUUCUGGUCAAGGUUACCCAUCGGCACCAUCCAACCAGUACCUGCCUCCAUCAAAUCGACAACAAGGCUUUAGCCCCAGCUCUGGAUACCAGUAUUGAGCUCACCGACCCCCAACAAACCCCCCACGAAAAACCAAACUAGGAAGAAUACGAUACAAAAGAAUACCAAACUGCAAAACUGGAACAUACGGCACACAAUGGAGUAAUUUGCAACGCGAUGAUGCGUUAUCGGCGCAAUAAAUUACUGAUGACCUACAGCAGCAAGCAAAAAAACCGCCUUGCUUCUGACCACAUCGAAGGAGGAGAGGAGAAUGCAAAGAACAAUGGGACAAAGAAUGCCAGCCCUACUGCUACCCACGUACGAACUGAUGGACCUCUGUUCCGGCACAUAAGAAUGUAACAAGUGUAACAUAAAUUCUUCUCUUACCGACAAUAAAGCGUUUGCGCCAUGCAAACUCAUGU